AUACUUAUAAGGCCCGGUAAGGUAGUACUAGGUAGUAGCACAAAAAGUAGGGCACCUAAAUUGAGACUCUCCAAACUUAAUGACAGAAGGCGCAGGCACACUAGCCGCUGCGGUGGAGACUGGACACUGGGCAGAGGAGGGUCCAAAAAGCCAUGCCAGAAUUAAGCUGGAUGAUUUAUGAUUUAUUUACCAAUAUGCUACUCCGUACUCUAACCCGCGAACUGCAAGGUAGUAUCUGCCCUGACCUUCGUCACGGCGUACAAACAAGACACUUAAUGGCAUCUUUGAGAUCAUUGGGUGGCCAUGCCUCGUUUGCUCGUUCGUUCUAGUCCAGUUCUCCUCUAACCAUGUCGCAUACAAACAACAACUUGCAUUGCCCUGUUCAGCCAAGACCCGAACGCUAUUAAUAAUCUUUUGAUUCACCCCCGCGUUGCGACCGCGUCGGAAAUAACAGGAGCUUGUCGUGGCGGUACGCAGUCGGCCCCGUCAACUCCGCCCAGUAACUAACUAUCCACUAUGUCUUGUCUGGUCUUGACUUUUGACAUUCACUUGAAGAAGCUCAAUCGCUCGAAAUAAAAGAAAGGCAGUGAGGUAGAAAGGAUGGAAGGAGGAAAAAACAACCUUUCAAGAUAGAAAUACUAGAUAUUUUGAUUCGUUCACAAGCUCUCUUUCAGAUCAGGCAAACGUUUAAUGGGGCUUUCAUUUGGAGCGGUCUCAUUUGUCUCUUGUUCUGAAGGAGUUGUACCUGCAGCCUCCGAGCUUGGAAGAACGCCGAAUAGCGCCCUGGACUGCGUAGUCCCACCUCCAAAGACAGGAGUGGUUCGUGCCCCGUUGACAGGUCUGAUUUUAUUUGGGGGAAGCAUGGAACCGGGCAUCAUAUCAGCAUUCGUCCGUUCAGUCAACAUAAUGUUAGCAGUAAGGGGACCUUCAAGGUAUACCUGAGGAUACUGACCAAACCGGUCAGCUUUGUAGUUGAAGCGCUGUCUACGUACCACAUUGCACACCGCAAUUGUGAUAAUGAUUGGAUUGAUUCGCCAAAAUUGGUUCCUCAAAAUAGUACAACUGUAAUGAAUGUAUUACGGUCCCGUAUAGGGACCGAACCCAGGUUGACUUCAUAAUACGACUCACAUUCAAUCAUGAAUGAAUCACGCUGACCAGAAAUCCUGAUUGGGAAACCUUAGAGUUCUCUAGGGCUAGGGCUUGAGGCUCUUACCCAAUUAGGUCCAGUUCUCAGGGCUCGUGCCCCAUCGUGACUCAACCCGUAAUAAUCCAGGAUCGCCGGACGCGACCGGGACGCCAGCGCGAACGAUCCAGGUCCGUAUCUCUCUUAUCUCCUUCUCUGGCCUUAAACUCCCCCGCCCUCUCCUCCUUUUCGCUCCUUCUCAACUCCGCUUAUAGAAGCAGUAUAUACGAGAGGUAGACUCUAUAGGAAUCGCGUUACCCUCCUCGUGUCUUUUUUUUUUUUUUUUUCCACCGACA